UGUUAUAAAGAAUAUAGGCAAGGCGUUUUUCCUAGAAACGCUGUCUCCCAAGAUUCAUUUCAGUUUGUUCUAGCUGGACGUAUUUUGUUUGCUGGUUUAGCUAGAUGUUUAAUACUUGACUCCGUAUUGCUCUGUUUGAAUCAGUAAACCAUGAGUGUAAACAUUGGUGGAAACGUUGGUAAUUUACAAGUUGCUACAAAUAUUAAUACAACAACAACUCAAAAUUUUAUUGACAGCACACCACAAGACGCUGUGUCUUCAUCUUCGCCUCAACCAUCUUCAGUCACUGGCACACCACUACAAACCAGAAAUUGGCCAGGAACUAUAAAUGAAACUGCAGAACCCCAAAAUCAAGCGGGAAAAGGAAUAAUUAUACAGAAAAGACCAAAGGAAGCAACAGGAACAGAGCUUGUCACCGCCUUCCUGGAAGAGCCUGCAAACUUUCUUCACAAUAUGAGCGAUGGCUAUGUUUUGGUGAUAAACAACGAAGAUUUCACUCAAAAUCCUCGACAUGGCUCCUCUGAAGAUGUUAGGUUGUUGCGGGAGUUUUUUCAAGAAAAACUGUGUUGGCCAGAUUUUCAUUUAGAAACGGAUAAAACUGUGGAAGAAAUGAGGAAGAUUGUAAAGAGAACAUCACAAACCGAUUUUCAAAGAUUUUCUGCAUUUUUUAUGUUUAUAUUAAGCCAUGGGUGUGAAGAAGGAAUCUAUGGGAUACAACAAGGAGUGAUAAAAGUUGAUGAAAUCAUCAAACAUUUUUCUGGUGACAAAUGUCCAUCCUUGUUGAACAAGCCGAAAAUUUUUUUUAUGCAGGCCUGCCGCGGAGAUAUGGACGACGAAGGGUACAGCCUACAGAGGGAUAAAAUAGAAAAUAAUUUUACAAACAGGAUUAACAUUCCUAAUUUCAGUGAUUUUCUCAUUGCAUAUCCGUGUGUUCCUGGCUACACGGCUCUGCGCACGAGGAAAGGGACUGUUUUUAUCAAGACAUUGGUUCAUAUUUUAAAACACUUUUGCGAUAAAGAACAUCUUGUAGAUAUGUUAAUUAGAGUCAACUACAUCGUUGCUGGAACAAAUAAUCUCCAAACCAUUAAAAGCAUGCCGUGUGAGGACAUCAGAUUACGUAUGAAAUGCUAUUUUUAUCCGUUUUUCGAUAAAGUCAUAAAGAAAUUUGAACUUGGUCACGAAGAAGAAUCAUAAGGGCCGUUUUUAAAAAACUGCCUUUUAGAUCCCUACAUUAUUUGUGGUUGACGUGUUUUUCGUGAACUUUAUUGUAAAUUUUAAUUUGUUAUGUGCCAAUUUCGUUCCUGAUGUGUGGCCUGUUAGUCGCAUUAUUCCUGCAUUCGCGCAAAAACCUUCGUUAUUGCGCGAAAUUUAAUACGCGCAAAAUACGUUCAUAUUCCCAUUGCGCAAAAUACGUUCAUAUACCCAUUGCACGAAAAUUAAUACGCGCAAAAUACGUUCAUAUUCCCAUUUAUUUCUCGCGAAAUACGUUCACAUUGCCAUGGCGCGAGAAUUAAUUGCGCGCGAAAUACGUUCACAUUGCCAUUGCGCGAAAAUUAAUUGCGCGCGACUUAAGUUUAUAUUGCCAUUGUGCGAAAAUUAAUACGAAUAAGGUAUACUCAGCGUCUGGUCUGCCAGUGUGUUUAUAAGGGUAUUAUUUUUUAGGAGUUUUUUAAAAUGUCCCGAAAUGUUUAAAAAUUAUUCUUGUUCAUCUGUACUUUAUUCUACUGAAAAAUACAUUAUUUUACAAAAAACUCUCAUCUUUAUAGGUUUGCCUUUUCAUAGCUAAUUAGCAAAUAUUUCUUGGGUUUAAGGCAAUAAAUAACAAAUUAAAUUUGAUAAAUUUUCUCCAUGAUCUUUGUCACAGCAUCUGUUGUGGUCUGAAGAUGCUCGAUAAAUGUUCUGAAUCGACCCUUCUUAAAACUUAUUAUGCUCUGUGUAAAUUUAGUUGACUUGAAAUUUUUUGUAUGGUUAUAUGAGGUUUACUAAAGCGAAAAUGGUGACAGUACACGCAGCUAUCUUCCGUAACUAUCUUAUGGGAGGAGGGUUAAUUUUGUGAAUUUUACAUAAAAUUUCGAAGUUUGUACCCGUGAAAUGUUUUUAACUAUAAAAAAGAUAGGUACCGACCUAAAUUUAAGAUAAAAGACAAGGAAAUAAAACAGAUGUUAAAUUUUCAGCCAUCUGCAAAAAUUAAUGAGCGCGACAACUUCAUACAGCCACCGAUUCACGAGAAUCAAUACUCACAAAAAUGCAACAUUUUUUGAGAAUCGCGAAAAUUAAUCUUUUAAAGACUUUGCUGGGAUUAAUUAUUAACGAGAUUAUUUUUCGCGAAUUUUGCGAUUUUUUGCGGAUUUUUCGAAUUAAAGUCUACGCGAAAAUAAAUAUAGUACCAUUUGCGGAAAAAAAUCCCCCAAAAAAAUUAUUCAAAAUCUCCCAAAAAAAUUAUCCAAAAUCUCCAUUAUUUGUAAGGUUCUUGAUGCUUCCGUGUGCUAAACAUAAUUUUUCAUCUGCCCACCUUCGUCGCUAAACGUGGCACUAUCUUUCAACAGCUGAAUUUGUAGAUUAGAAAGAACUCUAAAGAUAAUAAUAAAAUAAGCAAAAUAAAGUCUACUGUUUUCCUUGUUUUUAUCCAAAUUUCAAAAUUUGUUUUUUGGUGCAUUUGAAUUUUCAUUUUUCGAACUUUUUUGUUCCAUUUGCUGUGUAGUUGAACCCUUAGAAAAAG